AUGGGCAAAUCCGAAAGCCAAAUGGAUAUCAUGGAGAAAUCAAGUAAACCUGGAAAGCGUCGUUGGACUGUUGCAGAAAUCGGUCUGUCCGUGCUGCUGCUGUUGGUCAGCUGUGCCUUGGCGGGGCUGGUAGUCCUCUACACAACGGUUGUGAAAGGUAAUGACUCACUGUGGAAAGAUCCAGAUAUUACAGAUGACAGCAGCAAUGAACUGUUUCGCUCCAACCCCAACAAUGUGUGCACAACUGCGGACUGUGUUACUGCAGCGGCUCGGCUCUUGCAGAACAUGGACACAUCUGUGAAGCCAUGCGAUAAUUUCUACCAGUACGCCUGCGGGGGCUGGCUGGAGCGCCAUGUCAUCCCGGAGACCAGCUCCCGCCACAGCGUCUUUGACAUUCUGAGGGACAAGCUGGAGAUUGUCCUGAAAGGUGUUCUCGAGAUGGAGAACGAACAGGACAGGGAUGCCAUCAGAAAGGCCAAAGUUCUUUACAGCUCCUGCAUGAAUGAGAGCCUCAUAGAGCAUCGUGACUCCCAACCCCUCCUGAAGCUCAUUGAGAGUAUCGGAGACUGGCCUGUGGCGUCAGAUGACUGGAACACCACUACAGAGGAAGCAUGGAGCCUUGAGGACACACUGGCCACACUUACUGCUCGUUUCCACAAGAAGGUUCUGCUGGACAUGUACGUGUGGACAGAUGACCGGGACUCCAGGCGUCAUAUCAUUUAUAUUGACCAGCCAGGACUUGGGAUGCCAUCAAGAGACUAUUACUUCAAUGAUGGAAACUACAAAAAGGUUCGAGAGGCCUACCUACAUUUCAUGGUUUCCAUUGCAAAGAUAACCCGAGAGGACAGGAACUUGACUCAGGAUGACGACCGUGUGUGGGAGGAAAUGAUGCAAGUGCUGGAGCUGGAGACAGACAUUGCCAAUGCCACAUCACCAGCAGAGGAGCGCCAAGAUGUCACUGUUCUCUACAACAAGAUGACACUUGGUGAACUACAGAGCACAUUCAGCUUUAAUGGUUUCAACUGGACACGAUUUAUUCAAGGAGUUCUGUCGAGCGUGUCCAUUGAGGUCCAGCUAGAGGAAGAGGUGGUGGUGUACAGCUCUCCCUACCUUGAAAAGAUGAAUGACGUUCUCUCCAGACACAGUGUCAGAACUAUGCAGAACUACCUCACCUGGCAGCUCAUCAUUGACAGAGUUAAUAGCUUGAGCCGUCGCUUCAAAGAUGCCAGAGCCCGUUACAGGAAGACUCUCUAUGGGACCACUGUGGAGGAUGCUUGGUGGCGGGAAUGUGUCCGUUACGUCCAGAGCAGCAUGGAGAACGCAGUUGGAGCUCUUUAUGUGCGUGAGACCUUUGCUGGAGAAAGUAAGCGAAUGGUCAGUGACCUUAUCAGUAAGAUCCAGAAAGCCUAUGUGGAAACACUGGAGGAGUUAAGCUGGAUGGAUGCUCCCUCGAAAGAGAAAGCGAGAGAGAAGGCCAUGGCAAUCAAGGAGCAUAUUGGUUAUCCAGAUCAUAUUCUACAGGAAAGCAACCAGAAACUUGACCAGGAAUAUGCUCACCUAAACUUUAGUGAAGAACACUACUUUGAGAACAUUCUGGAGAACCUCAAGUCUGAAGCGCACAAGAGUCUGAAGAAGCUCAGAGAACCAGUUGACCCAGACUUGUGGAUCAUUGGUGCUGCUGUGGUGAAUGCAUUCUACUCACCCAACAGAAACCAGAUAGUGUUUCCUGCAGGAAUCCUGCAACCGCCUUUCUUCAGUAAACAUCAGCAUCAGGCCCUUAACUUUGGAGGAAUAGGAAUGGUUAUUGGCCAUGAGAUCACACAUGGAUUUGAUGACAAUGGUCGUAAUUUUGACAAGGAUGGUAAUAUGCUAAACUGGUGGAGUAAUUACUCUGCUGAGCAUUUUAAAGAGCAGUCACAGUGCAUGGUGCAACAAUAUGGCAACUUCAACUGGAAACUAGCAGGUGGACAAAACGUCAGUGGAAUAAGCACUUUGGGGGAGAACAUCGCAGACAACGGAGGGGUUCGUCAAGCGUAUAAGGCUUAUCUGAAGUGGGUGGAGAUGAAGGGUGAAGAGCCGUAUCUACCUGGUCUAGACAUGGAUCACAAGCAACUGUUCUUUCUUAACUUUGCCCAAGUGUGGUGUGGUGCUUAUCGGCCUGAGUAUGCCAGCCAGUCCAUCAAGACUGACUCACACAGUCCCUUAGAAUACAGAGUGCUCGGAUCUCUCCAAAAUUUUGAAGCAUUCUCAGAAGCUUUCCAAUGCCAAAAAGGCAGUCCAAUGAACCCUGAGCUGAAAUGUCGUGUCUGGUAG